GGAAAAUUCAGGAGCUUACUGAGGCCAGUCAAUGGUCACAUGUAAGCGGUAUACUUAACCCCGCGGAUUUGGUUACACGGGGUGUUUCUGUCGAGACUUUGCAGCAAAAUCGUUGGUUUGAAGGCCCUGAGUUUUUGGAAUCCAUCGAAAUAACGUACUCUUCUAAAGUAAAAAAUGAAACUUCUGAAACAUUGGAGAUGCGAUCGUCAAGCACAGUGUUCACCGCGGUUGUAAACAUAAGCUAUGAGUUAUUCGAAAGAUUUUCAACUCUCACUAAACUAAUUCGUGUGCUAGCAUGGUGUAGGCGGUUUUUCAAAAAUUGUGCCAAGAUUAAAACGAAAGGAGUAUUAACCUGUAGAGAGUUGGCCGAGGCGGGGCUAGUAGUUGUAAAGGCACUAGGCAGUACAGGGAGAAGCCUUUCAGGCUGAAUUAAAAAACAUGAAAGUGGGUAAUGCGAGUGGGGCAGGCAGAUUGUUAAAAUUAAACCCAUUUCUAGAUGACAAUAAUGUAAUUCGUGUGGGGGGAAGGUUGAAGAAUUCUCAAUUGUCGUACAAUAGCAAACAUCCCAUCGUACUACCAAAAAAUCAUAAAUAUGUCGAAUUAUUAAUAAAGCAGGAGCAUGCGAGACUCUUGCACGCGGGUGCUCAAGCAGUCCUGGCAACUAUACGAACGCGGUACUGGAUUCUAGGCGGUCGAGAUGUUGUCAGAAGAGUAUUGAGGAAGUGUAUCAUUUGUUUUCGUACUAAACCGUUAAAUUAUAGUCCUCUUAUGGGAGAUUUGCCAGCCAUGAGGUCUGUUGAUUACGGAGGCCCAUUUCUAAUUAAAGAUAGUAAAUUACGGAAUAGAAAAUUCAUAAAAUGUUACUUAUGUGUUUUCGUUUGCGGAGUCAGCAAGGCUGUACAUCUAGAGCUUGCCACAGACCUGACUGCCUCCACUUUUUUGCUAGUAUUGAAACGAUUUAUAGCCAGAAGGGGCAUUCCCAAAGAAUUGUACUCGGACAACGGAACAAAUUUUGUCGGAGCUUAUAAUCAAUUAAAGAAUAUAAGGCACGAGUUGGCUUUAUUAACAAAAAAUGAAGAAUUGCAAAAUUUUAUCACAAAAAAUAAUAUCGAAUGGCACUUCAUGCCUGCCAAUUCGCCGCACAUGGGUGGCUUGCAUGAAGCAGCGGUAAAAUCGGCAAAAUGUCUCUUAUACAAAUUAAUUAAUAAUGUUCAUUUUACAUAUGAGGACUUUUAUACACUCUUAUGUCAGAUAGAAGGCGUAUUAAAUUCUCGUCCUCUUACCACUAUGAGUACCGAUCCCAAUGAUUAUUCCGUUUUGACCCCUGGCCAUUUUUUAAUUGGCGAGGCGCUGGUGGCAAUACCCGAAAAGGAGGUGACACAACGAGCAUUCAAUUCGUUGAAGAGUUAUGAAAAGAUCUGUCGCAUCCAGCAACAAUUUUGGGAGCGUUGGAAUCUAGAAUACCUCACUAGUCUGCAGGAAAGGUCGAAAUGGCGUUCAAGCAAGGGGGUCCAACCCAAGGUCGGCGACCCAGUGUUGUUAAUGGAGGAGCAUCGCCCCCCACAAAUGUGGACCCUAGGCAGAAUCACACACCUGACCCUGGCUCAGAUGGGAUCGUGCGGGUGGUCAGCGUCAAAACACCGAAUUCGGAAGUCACAAGAGCAGUUCGUAAGGUCUGUCCUCUGCCUCUAGAUGUUGAACAGCCGUUCCAAGGGGGGGAGGAUGUCGAGUCCGAUCCUGGAAACCAGAGGAGGUCGUUAUUGCGCAGAAGCAAGAAUGAGUGACGUCGAUAUAUUUUAAGCUUUGCAUCACUUUGACUUUGACAUGCAUUUGUAGUAGUCGCAAUUUAUGUUCUUGUAUAUUUU